GGUGGAAAGGCCCACCCUUUCUAGUUCCCAUAUAAAGAGCGCUUCAUGCUCAUAUCCUUCAUCAAACACUUAAACAUUCACAAUCACUACCAAAAGAAUUCAGAAUACCCAAAGGAGAGAAAAGAAAUCAUGAGUUCAUCAAGUGCAAGCAAGGCUAUAGUGGCAGCAAGUGUUGGAGUUGUGGAGGCACUCAAGGACCAAGGGAUUUGCAGAUGGAACUCUGCUUUGAGAUAUGUAGGCCAACAAGCCAAGAGCCAAGUGAGGUCAUUUUCUCAGGCCAACAGCAAGCUCUCUUCUCCUUCUGCUUCAGUUCUGAGUAAAGUGAGAGAUGAGAAGAUGAAGAAAUCAGAGGAGUCUUUGAGGACAGUCAUGUACCUCAGCUGCUGGGGUCCCAACAACUAAUCAAUUAUUCAUUCACAGAAACAAGAGCAAAUUAAGAUUGCAUGUUUUUGUGUAAGCGCUUGCUGAUGGAACACCCCAUGAAGGGGUCCUUAAGUUAUUAGCAAAGGCUAUCGUUUGGGAUCGUAAGUGGCAGGCAAUUGAUGUCUGCUAGGUCCUGGCAAAUUGAUGUAAAUUUUGUUAUGUUAUGACAAUUGCCAUGUAAAUCAAACAUAUAAAUCUGAGAAUUGCUGAUCACUAUUGAGUUGAA